AUGGCCAACGACUCCCGCAAACGGUUGGCUCUCGCAGUCAUAGACUUCCUCUCGACCUCCCUCAAAGACGGCACACUCCAACCCGAAGACGCCGACAGCAUCGAAAUCGCCAGCAACUGCAUCGCAGAAUGCUUCCACGUCGACCCCACUGACGACGCCGCGAUGAAGGAGGCGCUCGGCGGCCAGAAUCUCCUCUCCAUCUACGGCGUCUACGAGAAGCUCAAAGGCAAAAGCACAGCCAGCACCGAGGGCACGAGCAGUGCAAAUGAAGGGAAACCGAGCACACCGACUUUACCGAAGGAGGGCGAGAAAGGCGGGCCUUCGGCGGAGAGUGAGAGGUUGAAGGGCGUGGGGAAUGCGGCGAUGCAGAAGAAGGACUAUCAAGGCGCGAUCGAUUCGUAUACACAGGCCUUGGAGAUUGCGCCACUGAACCCGAUCUACUUGUCAAAUCGAGCUGCGGCGUACAGUGCGAACAAGCAGCAUGAGUAUGCCAAGAACGAUGCGGAGUUGGCGACGGCGACGGACCCGAAGUACACCAAGGCGUGGUCGAGAUUAGGAUUGGCGAGGUUUGCACUUGGUGAUGCGAAGGGAGCGAUGGAGGCGUAUCAGAAGGGUAUCGAAGCUGAAGGGAAUGGAGGCAGCGAGGCGAUGAAGAAGGGCUACCAGACAGCAAAGGCGAAGGUGGAAGAAGAGGGAGAGGACAUGGACGUGGAGCCAGACAUCGACGGCACAGCUACCGCGCGCGCUAGCUCUCCUCCUGCGGGAGGUGCGGGAGGCGGCAUGCCAGACCUCGCUGGGCUGGCGAGCAUGCUGGGAGGCGGUGGAGGUGGUGGAGGUGGUGGAGGCGGCAUGCCAGAUCUGAGUUCGCUGAUGCAGAACCCGAUGAUGAGGCAAAUGGCGCAGAAUGUGAUGAGCAACCCGGACAUGCUGAACAACCUCAUGAACAACCCCCGACUACGAGAUAUGGCGAGCAACUUUGGUGGAGGUAGAGGAGGAGGUGGUGCCGAAGGAGGUGCGAGCGGAGAUGGUGCAGGUGGUGGUGGUGGCGGCAUGCCGAACUUGAGCGAGAUGAUGAAUGAUCCUGCGAUUGCUGAGAUGGCACGUAACUUCAUGGGCGGCAUGGGCGGCGCAGGCCGAGGAGCAGGUGGCGGGAGUGGCCAGCAGUAA